AUGGCGGCGCUGAAGGAGGAUCGGAGCUACGGGCUGUCGUGCGGGCGGGUGAGCGACGGCAGCAAGGUGUCCGUGUUCCAUGUGAAGCUCACCGACAGUGCCCUGAGGGCCUUCGAGAGCUACCGCGCCAGCCAGGAUUCUGUUUCACUGAGACCUUCGAUCCGAUUUCAGGGAAGUCAAGGGCACAUCUCCAUCCCCCAACCUGACUGCCCCACGGAGGCUCGGACGUUCUCCUUCUACCUCUCCAACAUCGGCCGUGACAGCCCCCAGGGCAGCUUCGACUGCAUCCAGCAGUACGUCUCCAGCCGUGGGGAUGUCCACCUGGACUGCCUGGGCAGCAUCCAGGACAAAAUCACAGUGUGCGCCACGGACGACUCCUACCAGAAGGCGCGGCAGAGCCUGGCGCAGGCCGAGGAGGAGACGCGGAGCCGAGGGGCCAUCGUCAUCAAGCCCGGAGGCCGUUACCUGGGCAAGAAGGUUCAGUUUCGGAAACCGGCCCCAGGGGCAGUGGAUGCUGUGCCCUCCCGGAAGCGGGCAACCCCUAUCAACCCAGCCAGCGCCAUCAAGAAGUGCAGCGCUGGCAGCGCUGGCGGGGGCAGCGGGGUGUCUCAGCGGCCCUUCCGAGAUCGCGUGCUGCACCUGCUGGCGCUGAGACCCUACCGGAAGGCCGAGCUGCUGCUGCGGCUGCAGAAGGACGGCCUGGCGCAGGCGGACAAGGACGCGCUGGACGGCCUCCUCCAGCAGGUGGCCAACGUGAAUGCCAAGGAUGGCACGUGCACGCUGAAGGACUGUGUGUACAAGGAUGUGCAGAAGGACUGGCCCGGCUACUCGGAGGGAGACCAGCAGUUGCUGAAGCGGAUGCUCAUCCGGAAACUGUGCCAGCCACAGAGCACAGGCGGCCUCCCUGGGGACCUUGCUGCCAACAGUCCUCCGGGCGAGCACGGGAGCUCAGCCUCUCCCCCUCAGAAACGGCCACAGCCUCCUGAUUUCAUUGAUCCUCUGGCCAACAAGAAACCCAGGAUAUCGCACUUCACCCAGAGAGCUCAGCCCACAGUCAAUGGGAAGUUGAGCACAACCCUCGGCCGCGAGGGCCUGCUGCCCACCCCGGGCCUGCUGGCUGGCACGGAUGCCCACCUGCCCCUGCGACUGGAGCUGCCGCGGGCCCACGACCCGUUGACCGAUGUCAGCAACGACCUGGGCCACAGUGGCCGGGACUGUGAGCGUGGCGAGGUGGCCGCCCCAGCCCCUACUGAGCGGCUCAGCAUGCCCCUGCUGACGGACUGUGCCCAGCCCAGCAGGCCCCACGGCGGCUCCUUGCACGGCAAAUCCAAGAAGAAAUCCAAGAAGCACAAAGACAGGGAGAGGGCCGCAGAGGACAGGCCCCGGGACCGGCCGCUCGGCCCGGUGCCAGGCCCCCUUGGAGCCCCUCCAGUUGCCCCACCAGUCGCCCCGGGUUUAAACGGGACCUGCAGCAGCUCAAGUGUCCCCACAUCGACCUCGGAGACGCCCGACUACUUGCUAAAAUAUGCCACCAUCUCCUCCUCGGAGCAGCGGCAGAGCUACAAAAACGACUUCAAUGCCGAGUACAGCGAGUACCGAGACCUGCACGCCCGCAUCGAGCGGAUCACGCGGCGCUUCACGCAGCUCGAUGCCCAGCUCCGGCAGCUCUCGCAGGGCUCUGAGGAGUAUGAGACUACUCGUGGGCAGAUCCUUCAGGAAUAUCGAAAAAUCAAAAAGACCAACACCAACUACAGCCAGGAGAAGCACCGCUGCGAGUACCUGCACAGCAAGCUGGCCCACAUCAAGAGGCUCAUCGCUGAGUACGACCAGCGACAGCUCCAGGCGUGGCCGUAG